AGGCCUCAUGAGUCACGUGAAAAAUCACAAGCCGGAAGUAAAGCUGAGCUCCAGUUUGUAAAAACAGAAGAAGAAAGAGGAGGAGGAUGACGACAGCGGCUCUGACUGCGGGUCUGGACCGGAUUCCGGAUCAGCUCGGGUACCUGGUCAUCAGUGAGGACGGAGUCCUGGCUUCUGCAGGUGAGCUGGAGAACGACGAGCACACGGCAGGUGUGAUGAUGCAGAUGGUCCGAACAGCCAGUCGGUUCAGGUUAUCCGGAUCAGCUGAGCCGCCCUUUAAACGCAUGUCAGUGAUCCUGGAGGACUUCGUCUACACGGUGACGGUCUCUGGUCAGAAGGUCUUCGUGGUCAAACGUCAGAACAACCAGCAGGACCCAAUCAACGUGUAGAGACCGCCACACAGGAAGUGAGGUGGCGGUCAGGUGGUCUGAGGAGCAGCGACGAUGAUGAUGAAGGUCCAUCUGAAGCAUCUCUGCGUGUGUUUGAUUUAGUUUUGUAUGAAUGUUUGUAUUUAACUGAAUAAACUGACUUGUCUGAGAA